GAGGAGAGGUUCGGGUAGCCGGGCAGGGAGCUGCGGCGGCCACCUCCGAGGGUGACCGGCAGGACCCCAAGAGCAGAGCGGCGGCAGCGGCGGAGCGGCGGCGGAGGGGCAGGAUGGCGGCGGUGGCCUACGAGACUCUGCAGCUGCAUGUGACUCCUGAAAAAUUUUACGUAGAGCCUUGUGAUGACCGUGUAGAUGACGUGCUUGCCAUUGAUCGUGUCUCCACAGAGGUGACCCUCACAGUGAAGAAAGCUGUUCCUCCAUCGGCUGUCACCAGACCAAUAUUUGGUAUCUUGGGCACAAUCCGACUGGUAGCAGGUAGCUAUCUCAUUGUAAUUACCAAAAAGAAAAAAGUAGGCGAAUUUUUCAGUCAUGUGAUAUGGAAAGCAACAGAUUUUGAUAUCCUUUCCUAUAAGAAGACUAUGCUGCACUUAACUGAUAUUCAGUUACAGGACAACAAGACCUUCCUUUCAAUGAUAAACCAUGUCUUGAGCAUGGAUGGGUUUUACUUUUCAACAACGUAUGAUCUGACACAUACUUUACAACGCUUAUCCAACACCAGUCCAGAAUUCCAAGAAAUGAGUCUUUUGGAAAGGGCAGAUCAGCGAUUUGUAUGGAAUGGUCAUCUUCUUAGAGAAUUAUCUGCUCAGCCAGAGGUCCAUCGGUUUGCUCUCCCUGUCUUAUUUGGAUUCAUCACUAUGCACUCUUGUUCCAUUAAUGGAAAAUAUUUUGAUUGGAUUCUCAUCUCAAGGAGGAGCUGCUUCCGAGCUGGAGUGCGCUAUUAUGUGAGAGGAAUUGAUUCUGAAGGCCAUGCUGCCAACUUUGUUGAAACCGAGCAAAUUGUGCACUAUAAUGGGAGCAAAGCAUCAUUUGUCCAGACGAGAGGAUCCAUGCCCUUUUUCUGGUCCCAACGACCAAACCUCAAGUAUAAGCCAAAGCCACAGAUCAACCAAGUGGCCAACCAGAUGGAUGGUUUUCAAAGGCAUUUUGACUCACAAAUAAUUACUUAUGGAAAACAAGUCAUUAUUAAUCUGGUUAACCAGAAGGGCUCAGAGAAGCCACUUGAACAGACAUUUGCAAAAAUGGUAACCUCCUUGGGAAAUGGAAAUAUCAGAUAUGUUGCAUUUGACUUCCACAAGGAAUGUAGUCAAAUGAGAUGGGAUCGUUUGACUAUUUUGGUGGAUCAAGUAGCUGAUAUUCAAGAUGAAUUCGGUUAUUUUCUAGUGGAUGCUAAUGGCAAAGUGGUGACAAAUCAGGAAGGAAUAUUCCGUAGCAACUGCAUGGACUGUCUGGACAGGACCAAUGUGAUCCAGAGCUUGUUGGCCCGCCGCUCUCUUCAAGCCCAGCUCCAGAGAAUCGGUGUUCUCCAUGUAGGACAGAGGAUUGAAGAACAAGCUGAAUUUGAGAAAAUUUACAAAAAUGCGUGGGCUGAUAAUGCAAAUGCUUGUGCCAAACAAUAUGCUGGAACUGGUGCCUUGAAGACGGAUUUUACCAGAACUGGGAAGAGAACUCAGUGGGGGCUGGUACUGGAUGGCUGGAACUCGUUAGUGCGCUACUACAAAAACAACUUUUCAGAUGGCUUUCGACAGGAUGCCAUAGACUUAUUUCUUGGAAACUAUUCAGUGGAUGAAGUCGAACAUAAUAAUCCAUUACAUGUACAAAAGGACUGGAAAUUCUUGGCUUUGCCUAUUAUCAUGGUCGUUGCCUUUUCAAUGUGCAUUAUCUGUUUGCUUAUGGCUGGUGACACAUGGACGGAGACACUGGCCUAUGUGCUCUUCUGGGCAGUUGCAAGCAUCGGAACAUUUUUAAUUAUUAUUUACAAUGGCAAGGAUUUUGUUGAUGCUCCAAAACUAGUCCAAAAAGAAAAGAUAGACUGAAUUUGUAUCUGUGGAAAGCGGCUUGGCCUAGAAGAUUCCACAGUUCAGAAUUGGAGUCUUUACUGAUCUGCUUUCCACCCCAGCAAGGUGUCUUCUUAGCUUUUUUAAUCUCUAGAAAAAGCAAAUCCUAUACUUUAGUGAUGGUGACAUACAGUUGAAAUCUGGUGUUACGUCUGUCUUCAGAAUGAUCUUUUAAAUAGUGCAUCAGUUGGGAAUGGGACCCUCCUAAUUAGAACAAUGCAGACCAAAGCCAUGGUGAUGUUUUUGGCUUAAAGCCUGCCAGAGUUUCAACCUGGAUUUGCUGAAUGGAAUGGGAGAGAUGGAGGAAUCUGUUUAUCCAACUGGUGCAGUAUUGGUAAUGUACAAACUAAAUUGAGCUUCUUUCACUAUUUAAAAUAGUAAAAUUAUUUUUCUAGUUGAGUUUCCUUCUUGUCAUCUCAGAGCCAAUCACAAUUGACAAGCAUAUGUUGGUGGACUUUUGUUAAAGCCUAAAACUUGUUCAAUGCUAAUAACUUCUAUGAAAAGAUUAAUCUUGUUUCACCUAAUAGUUUGAUUAAAAUGUUCGAAGUCUUCGUUUUCAGGGGUCUCUGGAUAUUCCGGUGAACGUUUGAAUUGUGCUGCUUCCUUACCACACUCUCCUGGCAAUACUUUUGUAAUUGCAGUUAGACUGACCGCUGCAGGGUGAUGAGAAAGUGCAGGUAGAAUUCUCUUUUCUUUCUAACUAUGUACAUGAAAUCAAAGAACGUAAAGUCUCUCUUUGUGUGUGGUGGUCUAGUCUUGAGCUAAAGGCCCAAAGCGUACUGUGUUUGAACAUUUGUCACAGUCGGAUUGCCCAUCCUCCAAGAACCACAGCUUUGGAAGAGGGCCUCGUCUUUGCAUUGGGGACAGCAGCCGCGUUUCCAUGCAUGGUACCGUGGACACAUGGACUACAUCCAUAACUUCUGCUGUUUAUUGAUGUGUGUCUCAAAUUAAGAACUUCCAAGUCAUUGUUUUUCUCUUAAUCAAGGACCAACUUCACCUUUGAUUUACGUGCAAAAACAGAUGGGAAAUAUGCUCUCAAAGCUAUGCGUAGUUCUAAUUGUGAAUACAGCUGCAUAUUCAAAUUGCAAUUAUGAAGUCCAACAUUCUAAAACUAUGUAAGCUAGUAGGACAGUUGCCACCACUUAUUUAAAAGAUAAUUCACUUAAUGCACUGCUACAGUGUCAGUGUUGUGCUUGAAAAUAUGUACAGUUCCUUUGUUUCAAGAGUACUGAUUCAUUUUAUCUUUAAAUGGUUCCAAAAUCCCCAUCGUUUCAACAUUACCUUUUGUUAGCAGUCAUAACAAGAAACUGUUGCUUUUAGAAUCCAUAAUGGAAAUAAUAGUGGAAAAAUCCUGUGUAGUUUAAAACCAGUCAUCAGAGUGCAUAAUGACUAAGAUAUAAGUGGACUUCCUGUUCUUAAUAUGUAAAUAAAUGUAAUUUGCUCCAAAGACCGAUGGACUAUGGGAUCUGCCUAUGUCUAUUGGAGUACACAAUCCAAAAGCUUUUAGCCAUUUCAUGCUUAAAAACUCGUUUCACCAACUAUAACAAAGACCAAAUCUGAACUGCAAGUCUGGCUGCUUUGAAGAGAUGGGUUCAUUUAGGUUUGUUGGUUUCCAGGGUGUAUCUUUCAGAAUUCUACGGCAGUUUUAUUUCAUAUACUGUAUAUCUGCAAAUGAUAAUAAAACUUCACUUUCUUUUCUAA